CGCGCAGGUGCAGAAGAAAUACAGGGUUGUCAUGGUGACGGGAGCCGCCGGCUCGGGUGCCACAAUGGCUUCCCGAGAGAGGACCACACCUCCUGUGGCAAAAGGCACUGGAUUCUGGCAUGCUCCCAUUGUCACGGAAUACAGCCCAGAAACACAGGAGUUAUUAAAAGUGAUGAUGCAAGAAUCCAAACUAACAAAUUUCCAGCAACGUCAUCUUAGAAACUGUAUGAAACGAGGUGAUUCACUGCCUCUCCACUGCAACCCAACAUCCAGCAAAGAACCACAGCUUCCAAAGGCUGUUUCUUCACAACCGAAGGUUUUCUUGUCAUUCAGCCCAUUUGGGAGACCUCACCUUCGCCCUGCUGAGGCCUGCCAGGCAGGUGAUGCCUAUACCCGAGAGAGAUUCAGGCCACGAGCCACCCGAGACCUAGAAAAGGAGAAAGAAAGGCUCCAAAAUAUCUUAGCAACAGGAAAGGAUAAAGUGGAGGGAGCGCGCCGGAAGAAGCCAGUUAAGGUGGAAGAGGUGGUACCGGAACCUGAUCGGUUUGAAGAAUUGGUGAAGGAAGUUGAAGAUCGGAAGCAGUUUCUGGAAGAAAUGGAGGCUCUGGGACAGGGCAAGCUGUACCAAGGGAUCAUACUCACUGAACUAUCACAGAAGCUACGGGAGAUGGAAAUCAUUGAUAAGCAGAGAAGUGAAGAAGUGAGAGAGGCGGUGGCUAAAGCCUUCAAUGUAGGCAACAGGCCUGAUCCUGAAAGCAGGGACCAAGAGUAGUCCUUUCCCAUUCCAGAAUGUGGCCACUGCUUCCUUUUGCUACCACAGGGCUAGGCCUCCACAGAAGACAGUAUCAAGAAUGUUGGUGGUGCCACCCGAGGCCUUUGGCAGAAGACAGUUACAAAAGAGUUUGUACUGCUAAGGGUUUUUUUGCAUGGAAACAAGAGACCAGGAUCACACCGCUCCUAGCUUUUAACAGCAGCCAGUGGGUUUCUGCAUGGAACUAGUUAAGGUCAUAAGGAUACUUUCCCUCUAAGCUGACUAGUAAGGGUGGAAAGAAAAUUAGUGUUGUCUGCUACAUCAGAAGGAGACUUGACCUUGAUUUACACAUGAUGCAGACUGAAGCAAAAGAACUCACCUGCAGGGCUUUGCAUUCAGGUCGUGUCUUGCCUAAACCAUUCCGCCCCCUGUUCAAAGCAGAUUUGCAGCGUAGCUCUUUUCUGCAGGUGGAGGCCCAGUUUAAAUGAGAUGCUGUCGAGUACAAAGCCCUGCAAGCGUUAACUUUUGCCUCAGCCUGCAUCACAUCGAACCCAUGCCUGAGUGCUUCAUGUGUUGUUAGCCUUAUUUCUGAUUUCAUAGCUGCCUCAGUAAGAUCGCAUGCACACAGGGACGUCAUGCCCAAACUACAAAAGAAAGAGGCAGCCACCUUUGUUUAUUCAUGUGUCUGCGCCCCCCCCCCCCAUUUCCAUCUUAAGCGUAUGUGUUUAUUGCUAAAUUUUACCAUGAGAGCAUGUGCAGGCAAGGGCCCUGGGCUACCCUCACUACACCCCAUGUCCCAAAAACACUUUUCUCCUCAGCCCGGAUCAUUUCUGGCAUUGAAAGUGGGCAGAGUGGUCAAUCCCAUCAAAAGUUACUGCUAAGAGCGGCGGGGGGGGGGCAAUUCCACCUCCCCCCCAGCGGACCUGGGACUCCCUCCU